CUCCUCACAUUUCUUGUUUAUCGUCACAAAACAAAGACGAAAAGCAAGAACAACAAAGACGCCGUUGAGAGGCUCUCUUUAGACGUUACGUUGAGUCUGACAUCAUGGGAGCUCCGCGAGCUUAAAAGAGACGGUAAAAAUACAACGGGAGAAUCACAGAAGGCUCUCAGUGUGGAAUGAUAACGACUAACUAACGGCGUCUCCUGUCAGCUCCUCUUCCCGCCGCUCAAGGCAGCAGCAGUCACGUGACAGCAGCGAGGCUCACAGACUGAGAGAGAACGAACGCGCUUCAUUCGCCAUACUGUGUUUUGUGCCAUAACGCAUUUUUAUCGCAACAUUUUACUCCCACUCGGUGAGUACGUUUCCAGGCCUUUUUGUAACCCUUUUUGUCUUUUCACUUGCUCUUUUUUAUUUUUUCUCUCUCUCCUUUUGCUUGGGUUUGAGCGUUGAGAUUUGAAAAAGUGUUGUUUUGAGGCGUUUUUCGAUCCGUACCUCAAGUUUUUAGUAUGCAGUGAUUCCUAUCGGGGCUAUUCAGUACUGAGUGACACUGGCCAAGUACGUGCUUGCAGUCGUGUGAAAUCAUGCAACUGGUUUUUAAAUGGCCUUGGCAGUUCCAUUUUUACGUAUGUACGAUGAUAUUUGUUUUUAACCCUUUUUCCCUUUUUUGUUCUCUGCCAUAGACUUUUGCUGUAGAUAUGCUUUGCUUGUAUUUUGCGCUAUUGUUCAUGAGAGUUUUGUGAUUUUGAUGUCAACGAGCGAAGCAUUUGCUUUUAUUUUGGUCUUUUCUUUACCCGAAAGUCAUUUUCAGACCUGGCGACGUUUUAAUGGAAACUUUUCUUGCAGCUUAGCUGUCACGUUUGUUUAUUUUUGCUGGUUUUUCUUUCAUUUUUUAAUGCCUUAUCCUUUUGCAGAUGAUUUUAAGGUGAAGUGAUUUUUGGAUGUGCUCAUUUUUCACGUAGAUGAUGCAAAUUAAGGUGUCUAUGAAGGGAAUAAUUGUUUCUUUGGGGAAAAUAUCAAUCAGUGCGUCUUUGCUUUCACCGAAGAUGAUCAGACUCUACUUUGCAGGAGAAGAAUGACCGGGAAGAGUCAGACCAGCAAUGUCACUAACAAGAACGACCCGCGCUCCCUUAACUCACGGGUCUUUAUUGGCAACCUCAACACCGCCAUCGUGAAAAAGACCGACAUCGAGGUCAUCUUCGCCAAGUACGGCAAGAUCGUGGGCUGUUCAGUGCACAAGGGUUACGCUUUUGUCCAGUACAUGAGUGAAAGGAACGCUCGGGCGGCCGUGGCAGGAGAGAACGCCAGGAUCAUCGCGGGACAGCCGCUGGAUAUUAACAUGGCCGGAGAGCCGAAACCGUACAGGCCUAAAGCAGGAUCCAAACGACCCCUGGCUGCUGUCUACAGUGGUUAUGAAUUUGAUUAUGAUUACUACAGGGAUGAUUUCUACAAUAGGCUCUUUGACUAUCAUGGACGGGUGGCUCCUCCUCCGAGGGCAGUGAUUCCUCUGAAGCGUUCGCGAGUGGUGCUUCCAUCCACUCGACGCGGGAAGAGUUCAUUCCCUGUCAAGACCUCCUCCUCCUCUUCCUCAAGACCCCCAUCAUCAUCAUCGUCCUUCUCCUCUGGGAUGAAAUUGAAGUCCGAUCAACUCCAGACUAUCAAACGUGAACUGACUCAGAUCAAGGUGAAGAUUGACUCUCUUCUGGGCCGCCUGGAGAAGAUCGAGAAACAGCAGAGAUCCGAGUGCGAGCCUCACAGAAAAUAUGAGGACAACUGCGACUCUUUGCAUGAGGGGUCGAUAUCUGAGAUGGCAGAUAACUCCGGAGAGGAGGGAGGGGAAGAACAGCUGGACGCGGAGGCGGGAGAAAUGACGGAUGGUGGAGAGGAUGACUAUGACGAGGAAGGCAGCACUGAUCUGAUGGAGAAUCAUGUGUCUGAUAUUGACAACUAAAGAGUUCUACAUCCAGAGAAGAAAUCAACUCUGCAUUGAACAGAAGACAUGAAACUUUGUGAAGACGGACAUCUCUUCUCAAAUAAGGCCAUGAAGGCUCUCGAUUGGCUGAUUAGAUGCAGAGCAAAUAUUUUGACAAGUUUAGCAUCUGCUAGUCACUUCCGCUGUUUUUCAUUUAAUAGUGUCUGGCACAUUCAAUCAUAUAUGAUUUGCAUAUCUCCAGUAAAAGGCAAUGAAGUUCACAUCUAAUUUUGAAGUUCCUCGUGCAUACACUAAAGUUUGGUUUUUCCCUCAAGGAUAAAUUUCCUAAAGCAAAGAUGAAAGGUUUUUACAGUCUGUGUGUGGAAAAUGAGCCUUAAAUGUCAGAAAUGUAACAUGGCAUUUUUGAAACCUUCAGUAUUAACAGAGAACUUAUUUAAAUAGUUCUAGAAUUUGAAAGAUUUUAAAAUAUGAGGUCGGACAAUGAACAUGAAUUUGUGUGUGUGUGUGUGUGUGUGUGUGUGUUUGUGUGUGCUUGUUUUUGAUUACUUGCAUCUGCAUCCACAUUUUUCUGAAAACAUGUUGUGUGUGUGUGUGUGUGUGUGUGUGUGUGUGUGUGUGUGUGUGUGUGUGUGUGUGUGUGUGUAUUGUGUAAUUGUACUCCAUGGAUCAAAAUUUAAUUUUCCCAGACCAAAUCAAGUCAAAACUGGUCAAGUACUUGGUUCAAUAAAAACAUUUUAGCUCCAUACUGCCAAAUAAGUUUCAUCAGACUUCUUAAACUUGGACACUUCAGGAUGACUGAUAUAUUGUCAGACCGCAGUAACUCUAAAAUAAAA